UACUGGCUGAUCAAGACUUGGGAUGAGUUUGUGCUAUCUGCUCUAGUUGUGGAAGAUGUUAGAGUGGUCUCAGGGAGGGAAGCGAUGGUGGGAGAUUGGCUCUUUGUUGCAGCAGGCCUAGUGCUCUGUGUGGGAAGCCUGAACACAGAUGUCCUGGAACUGAUCCACAACAUGCUGUUUGUACUGCUCACAGUGGCAACAAUCCCCCAGAUCCCUCUCCAUGGAUACUACAUCUUCUUUGGUAUAGCUUGCUCCCUGUUCACAGCAGUCUCCCUGUAUGGUACCUUCACACGUCUUAUUAACACCAUAGCAGAGAAGUCUCUAAUCCCUGUAGGACCACAGCCCAUCUCCACAGACCAGUUGAAAAAGGCUUUAAGCUGCAACAGGUCCAAGGAGGGGGAUCAAAAAUUGCCCCAAACUGACCGGGCUUCAGAUGCCCUAUUCUAUCUUUCAAAUGGGGUUGCAGCUCUUUCAGCUCUUCAUACAAGUUUAUCCAAUACAAAUCCUGCGUUCCUUCAUUUGACUGUCCCUUGGGUCCUUAUCGCUGGAGCCAUCAUCCAGGCCUAUGUCAGUCGGCUGCAAGUGAUGGAAGGUGGCCGUUUUGGGUCUGUCAUCUCAUCCAUCUAUGUAGUAGUAUGGGCAACCUGGACCUGGUUUAGGUUUGCAGGUGACCUGCUUCAGUUUUCCACAGAUGCAACCUACGCUUUUACAGCGGGAGCCAUUGCUUUCUUGGUCAUUAAUGGUUUCCUUAUACUGAUUGCUGCCUACAGGAACCUGGUUUUGCUGUGUCUAACAGUAGUCAUGGAAGUCGUUCUGGUCUGUUUCCUGCUUUCCACUCUGCAGCGACUGCCGUAUCAAUUAGAAAUGGCCAUGCUUGCACUGGUUUCAAUAAUUUGCAUAUAUGGAUUUCUUGCGUCAUUGGUGAACUGCAUCUUCUCACAGAGACUGCUACCUAUGGGCCCUCCGUUAAUAAAGGAGAAAAUGAAGCAGGACUCUGCUCCGGAGCUACCCUGUCCUGUGGCUAAUUCACGAGUCACCAGUGGUCUCAUGAAAAUCGCUAAACUUCUGGAGGAAGGGGGAGUAUGUGGUGUUCCCACAGACACUGUGUAUGCCCUGGCUGCCUCCUGCAAGAAUCCACAGGCUAUAGAGAAAAUCUACAAUAUUAAAGAUAGACCAGCAGAGAAGCCCAUCUGUAUUUGCAUUUCUAACGUGGAGCAGCUGGUGGCAGCCAAGCCUCCCUUCAGUCCUCUGCUCUGGGAGUUUAUGAGGAAUGUAUAUCCAGGAGGCAUCAGCUGCAUCGUCAGCAAAGGGGACUGGCUGUUCAGACUAGGUGUGGGACCAGCUUAUGACCGUGUUGGUACCAAGGAGAGCAUCAUGAUCCGUGUCCCUGACCACACGGUGACUGGCCACCUGUGUGACAUCACUGGACCCAUUGCUAUUACCUCAGCCAAUCCCAGCGGAGAGCCAGACAGCACCCACCACACCAUGGUCAUCAAUCGACUGGGACACAAGAUCCAAGGAGUUCUGUGUGAUGGAGACUCAAAUGAAGUUGUUGCUUCCACUAUAGUCAACUGCCUGAAGAUCGAUGAAGGGAUCAUCACCAUUGUGAGGGAAGGCUGUGUCCCUGCAGUAAAAGUCAGACAGAUCUUUGACAGAGUGAAAAGCACUAUGGUGUGAUUGUCUCAUACCUCAUUUCUCUCUUUCAUACCUGGUUCCCUACAAGAUUGGCUUCUUCAGCUCCCCCAUUUUCAUUCAACAAUCUCAGGAACACUUUAUGAACAAUAUGGGAAGACUGUGUGGAAGGUUGUGUGUGUAUAUAUAUAACUGUAUAACUGUAACUCUUU